UGAGUAGCUGGGUAAAAAAGCAUCUCCAAUUUGGCAGAAGAACUUAAGUGGGAGUAAAACAACAGCAAUGUUCUGCGUAACAGUGCUGGGUGCUGAACUUAGCUGAAAGAGCUACCAGGAUCUGGGACAAGCAGAUGGGGGGCAGUGAAUUUUGCAGGCUACUCUUCCAUUGUCUGUCAGUUAUUCAGUGUCAACCUUACAGUUUUAUCUUUGCAUAGGUUUUAGUGGUCGUGUAUUUAAUAUGGUAGCUUCUUGUCGAGUGUAGGUAGUGAUAAACAGGAUUUGAAACAAAGACAGUACUGAAUAUCUUUGCUGUCACUCUGGAGAUUUUCCACAUCUCGAGGAUGGGAUGCAGAAGAUGCAGCAGAAGAAUGCAGUGUUGUCUGUCACGUCAACAUCUCUGAAAAUUCCAUGCAUACAAAUGGCAGGAACAUACUGAGCAAAAAUAUAUAGAAUGUAAUACUUUGUAAUACAAAUUUUACACAGUCACAGGGAAGAAACAGGAGAUGCUAGCUAAGGUAUUACAAAUAGGAGACUUUUUGUCUAUUAGAGAUAGAUUUGCAUUAGACUACCUGAUUAAAAGACAGUGCUGGUACUGAUGGUAGUCUGAACCCUACAUAAAAUGUACCGAUGAUUUCCAUGCUGAGGAAACAUGCCAACAGCACGCAAAGUCUAUUAAUUGGCACCCUGGGUGGUAGGCCUAGUACCAAACGUUGCUUUUAUAGCUUAUAUCACACCACUCGUGCAAGCUGCUCAGCAGAGAGCGCAGAGAUAGAAGGAGUACUUUGAAGGCCUCCCAAAUGUAAACAGAUUUCCAUCUAAAAGGCUGCACUAAGAAAGUUUCCACGUUAGCCCUAGUGAUGGCUGCUGUGGCUGUGGCAUGUUUCCUGGCACUGCUUGCACAUUCACUUUGCUCUGUACAGUUUCUGUACAGAGACAGAGAUCUUCUCAAUGCAGGACUGACAAGAUGCACAUAUUUAAAAUAAAUACAUUCUGUGAGCUGCUGCUGUGGAAAUGUCUGUAAUAUGCAGUGAGUGCAGAGAAGCAGCUUCUUUGCCAAUGCAUGCUGGCACUGCCCUUUUGAGCUGAAUGGAUGAACCUUGAGUUAUUCCAGAUGGCUGUUUUAGGGAGCUGUCUUGUAGCAAGAAUUCAUUCCACAGCAAAAUAAAAAGACUGGAUGAAGUCACAGUGUGGAGACAGAAGGGUUUUCCUGGAGCUCCCCAUGCUGUGUGAGGAAGAUGAUGCUUUCAUCUGUGUGAAACUAGCAAAAGGGCAGAGGUACCAAUAGCCUCUCCUACACAAAUCCACACUCUAGCAGAACAGCACUUUCUGGACACAGAAUUCUUUGGAUGAUCACUUAGAAUUAAAUGAAUAGGAACGUUGUCACCUAUAGUGGAAGAAACCAGAACACCCUGUUUCUGGUAGGUGUGAACGUGGGGCUUUUUUCACAUCCAGACCUUCAUUCAACCUGGCACAAGGAGUGGUUGUAUGCCACAGUAUUAAAUCUGCCCAAAACACAUGGACAUACGUUGCUGGUGGAUACUUCAUUCAGUAUCUGAUGUGAGUAGACUCUGUUUCAUACCCAGCUGUAUAGUCCUUGGGAUUGUUUUUUUCCUUGACAGAUUGAAAUAAAUUGGGCGGAAGAGAAAUAGAAGUAAACUGUGUGCAGCAGGAAGGAAGACAUGCGACUGGAAAGGCUGGGAGCAGGGGACACUGCAGCCCCUUUGUGCAUGGCUGUCAGUGGGAAAUUCACAUCUUUCCAACAGCAUUAGCUGUUUACAGUCUUGAGAGUGCCCUCUAGUGUAAGUGGGACCUUUGAGAACUUUGAUCUACAGAGCAGAACUGUUGUGCCUCUUAGAGCAUGCUAUAGAAGAGCCACACCAUGCUAACUUAAGUGAAGGCACUGGCUGCUGUGCCAGGGUGGCAAAACCUUGGCUUAGCAGCAGCAUGCUGCAGCCUUAAUCCUGGCUUAUCAAACAGGUUUUGAUGUGUGAAACAACUCGAGAUUAGGCCACCAGAUUGGUUGCUAACUAGUCAUAGUAAAAUGGCAUGCAGCUGUGUGCUGGCACUCGUUAGCAGGUAACAUGCAGCUCUUUGAUAGGAGUUGUAAAUGUGUCAUCUGCUGAGGCUGAUGUGCUGGAGUACAAUAAGAGAAUCAAAUGGCACAGAAGAAAGGAAAGCAGUCCUGAGCCAUUCUGAUAAAAGCAGGUUUGUCUAAGAAAGCUUUUUAUCUUUGAACCCAUACUGCAGAUCAUGGAAAGAAGAGCACCGUGGGGCAUGGGGUGCAGUGCUGUACUUCAGCCCCGAGCAGAGGAUGUGUGGACAGCCUGAUACUUCACCCACUGGAGCAGGCUGCCUGCUGCCAUACAGCCACCUACCGCUGCUGUAUGUGUUACCUACCUAAAAGACUCUCCAAAAUAUUCCUGUCAUUAUUUUAUCAUGAAAACAACAGAGCAGAACGAGAGAAUUGGCCAUAAUCUACUGCUUAGAUCAGUACAAAUUAAGAGGAAAUUCCUGAUAUAAAAUAGCGUAGAAGGCAGAUUCCCACCUCUAGGUAUAACGCUCUAAUUUCUCUUUGAAUGGCCUAAGAAUGUGCUAAUGAGGAACUUUAAUUAGAGUUACAUGGGGAAGAGCCCUUUGGUAUAAAUGGAGUGGACAAGAAGCAUAAGAUAUUCUCAAGGCCUUCUGAUGUAAUGCAUACAGGUACUUACCCAGGCAUGUAGAACUACUCAAAAGCUAGUGUAAUCUUCUGGAUUGCUAUUUUUCUGCCACCUGUUCCUAAAAUGGAAUGUUUAACUUGUUACGGUAAGGUUGCUUGCAAAACAAAGCAUAGGCAGGAAGACUGAAAGUUGAUGAAUAUUUCAGUUCACAAAUCCAGAUCAGCUAUUAUAAAUAUUUUGACCGGCACUCUGCCUAAAACAAAAGGUGAUUUUUUCCUCAAUUUGUUAUUCUCCAUGCACCAAAGUUAUUUUCUGUUUAAGAAAACAUGUAAACCUUAUUUACAAUGUCUGUAAUUUACACUGAUUUGUAUUCCAGUCAACCUGAUUGUUCCUAACUGCCAAAAAUUGUAUUUUGGAAUAGUUGAAAGCACUGGCAGACAGUCAAACAUUUACCUUCGUUGUAUUACUGAUGGAUCAGAAACAAAGAUCUCUCAAAGCUUACAGGAGUACUGAAAAUCUCAAUCUGCCUGUUUCGUAGGCAAAGUCUAUUGGAGUUCAGGUGCAGAUGUGAGAUACUGACUUACGUGGUGCUUUACAAAGAGGUGAUGGUGGCUUUGAGGCCUGACCUCAGGCAGGUUCGGGCAAGAUGUCUGUGUGUUUCCAUGUAUUUGUAGAUAACCUGAGAAAGGGGGAUGAGCAGUGAGGUGUCGGUGUUUGCUGCAUUAUUGUUUGAAGUCCAAUCUGAAAGCCAAAUUGGGAAGAGCUCCAGCUGUGUAUUUUUGAGGCGCUCUCUAUACCUAGCAAACAAGAAAUUGGCAAUGUCAGUAAGGAUGCAGUAAAACACAUGGGGGAAAAAUAACUGGACCCACUGAUAACUGCUAAGUAUUAAGAUCCGAAUGGGAAGUUUGGCUCAGAAAAUUUCUAGACUCCAAACUGCAAGAGGCCGUGAAGGUGAGCGAUGGCCAGAAUCCUUCUGUGCAUGCCCUGACUUUCUCAAAGUACUGGUAGAAAUGGAAUAUUAGAAGAGACCAACUUGGUGACCAUAGCCUACUACUCUAUUUUGUUCUUUAAAUUUGCUUACUGGAAAUGGAAACCAUUGAAGAAAUUGAAAUGCAAUUUUUGUUGUGUACGAGAGGAAGCUAUCAGCCAAGCAGUUUGUCUGUAAUACUCACACAAACACAACAGAAGCAAAGUAGCGAGAGAAAUACUGUCGUUUAUAUUCUCUGCUUUCUCUUGCAAAUGUGUUUUCAAGGUUAAACCAAAACUAUCAUAUUUGUCAGUUACUACUAAUGGUUUUGGAUUCUUUUGGGCUGAUUUUUCAUAUUCCAAAGCUGUGUAGCAACAUGCAAAGUCUUUAACUAACCUGGGAGAUUGUCAGCAUUAAUUUUCAUUAAUGCUCACUGCCAACAAUCUUUGCCAGAUCAGACCUCAGCUUUUUUUUCUGCUUCCAAAUCACCAAUGGAUCUUCCUCAAGACUAACUGCUAUGAAAUUAAUGGAGUACUGGAAACCAUCCUGUUGGGUAGCGCAUCAGUGGAUCAGCAGGUGAAACACUUUUCUCCCUAUAAGAUGCUAUGAGAUGUUGAUACUGACAAUAACAAAUUGCUUUGCCUUGAUUGCUUACAAAUAGGAAAUAUCUGAUCAGUAGCAGACGUUAUUACGGUUGAGGCUCACAGAGCAAUUAAAGAUCUGUCAACACCCACAGCCGACUCAGCAGCAACAGCUUUCUGUGUUUGCCCUGAGAUGGGCUGGUGAUGGCAGGUUGCGAAUGUAACAGCCCUCGAGAAAGUGUAAAUGUACCAUGAGGUGACAGCUGCAGCAGCACCAUCACUGCACAUGCUGCUCACUUUCAGAUCUCUUUCCCAUUAGUGUUUCCCAUUAGAGUUUCAGAGCAUUCCAAGCAGAGCAGUGCUUUUUUUCUUUCUUAUCCAGCUCUCAGACAGUUGAGCUCCAUCUGUUGACAUGAACACAUGCGAUCCAGUGCUCUCUGUCCUGAUGGGGCACUGUACGACCCUUUUGACAUUUCCACUGACUCAUGUUGCUCAGCAUACAGAUGAGAUGUUCCUCAGCGAGCUUCAGGGGCAUCACAGUGUAUACUUAAGGAAUGUUCACAAAGAAAAUUCCUGAGGAAUAAAGAAAAGACCACAGGUUUGCUAUGUGCAGUUGGAUAUCUGUACGCUCACAAGUACAUGCAGAAAAAGCCAAAGUAGCAAUCUUUGCUGCUGCAUGUGGCAGCAGCCAGGCCUUGCAGCACAGCGGGCAUUCCUUUGAAUUGCUGCGUGUUACAGCUGCAGCUUCCAGCUUUCCACAAGCCUGGGCUGAUCAGCUCUGUGGAAAACAAUCCAUGUUAGUCUGUAUGGAAUCAGUGUGAGCAGAUGUGCAGCCUAGCAGCGGUUGAGUUGCAAUGGAGCCUGGCUUUGGUGUUCAUCGAGGGAGGAAUCCCUCCUGGUUGUGCUUUGGUACAGAAACCUUGUGUGUGUACAGGUGGAGGGUUGAAUACGUGGAACUGAAUGCGACGUCUAGCGCGAUAAGUAGGCGGGUAUAGCGGGCUUAUGCAGAAAUAGGAAAUUAACUGUAGUACUUCAACAUUGCACAUUGAAAGCAGAAAACCUGACGAAACCUGGUGAUUCUAGUGAGACAGCCCCGCACUCAGCACGGAACGACGCCUCCCGCCAGCGCCGCCCGGCCCGCUCCGCCCCUCAGCGCUUCCCGCCCCGCUCCUCCAUUGGCGCGCGCGGCGGUGACGCGGCCGCUGCGCCGUCGCAGCCGGGGCCCGGCGCCGCUGGCGGAGGCGAUGCCGAAGCGCUCGUGCCCCUUCGGGGAGGCGGCCCCGCUGCAGCUGAAGACCCGCGUGGGGCUGAGGGAGCUGAGCAACGGGGUGCGGGGCGAGGAGUACCGCCGGGAGAUCUUCGAGCGCACCCGGCGGCUGCUGUUCAGGGGCGCUCGGGCGUGCAUGGAGGGCGCCUGUCCCGCCGCGCCCCGUGCCGCCAGCCGCUCCCCGGAGCCGGAGUCGGGCGGGCAGAGCGCGGGGCGCCGCCGGAGCGCGCAGCUGCAGAUCGGGCCCGACGGGAAACUGCUGAGGUGCGCGGCCGCCGCGGAGAGGGUUCCACCAGUGGGAGUUUCCAAAGCCUGCUCCUCCUGCGUGAGAGCUGCUGAUGUGAAGGAAGCGUGUGCGCAGUGCGACCGGUUCGUGUGCCAGAGCUGCAGCAGGGUCUGCAGUUGCUGUAAUGCCAUUACCUGCUCCUUGUGCUCCAUCACUGACUAUGGUGAUGUUGGUGAGCAAGUUCUCUGCAAUGGCUGCUCGAUAUUUCAAGUCUGAAACCUGAUGAAAUAUCCUUUAUAACUAAGCUGUCUGUAAAUUUCAUGAAGUCUCCUUCUAACAGCUGGUCAGUUAAUCCUUUUAGCCUGUGAAUUAAUUAUGGGAUUUCUAUGUUUUAUAUCUUUAUAUUGUACUUUUUAAUAUUGUAGUUAAAUAAACUUCUAUAUUUUGAGGA